UUGUUCCUAUCUGGGCUGGGCCCCCACCACCCGGCUUCCCCCAGUGCCAGCCACUGACGCCAGGCUGGGUCUUCCAGCCUGGCUCCAUAUAAGGGUUUCCUGUCCGCCAUAUAUGGCCAUGUACGUCAUGGCCGGGGCGGCCCGCAGCCGGUGGGGACUCGAUAUAUAGGGGCGGCUCUAGGGCGGGCGAAGAGCUGAUAGCUUCCAGCGGGCAGAGCCAGGGGGAGCCCCGGGCUAAGCGCUUCUACCGGGCAGAGCCAGGGGGAGCCCUAGGCCACUGGGAAGGGGAGCCAGCAUAUAUCGAGCCCAGCAGCGUCACGCGACUGGCGCUUCUGGCCGGCCGCCUGGCCCCUGGUGCGCAGCAUCCCUGUGUCCCCAGGCAAAGCCCACUCCCCGCAUGGCCGCGGCCAAGGCGGAGAUGCAGCUCCUGCCCCCGCUGCAGAUCUCUGACCCCUUCAGCUCCUUUCCACACUCGCCCCCCACCAUGGACAGUAACUAUCCCAAGCUGGAGGAGAUGAUGCUACUCAGCGGCGGGGGCCCCCAGUUCCUCACCUCCAGCGGGGCCCCUGAAAACAGCGGUUUCAACCCUCCCGGAGAGCAGCACUUCGAGCAUCUCGCUGCAGACACGUUUCCCGAGAUCUCUUUGAAUAAUGAGAAACCCUUGGCAGAAACCAGCUACCCCAAUCAGACAAGCCGGCUGCCGCCUAUAACCUACACGGGCCGCUUCUCUCUGGAACCAGCCCCCAACAGCAGCAACCCUCUCUGGCCAGAGCCUCUGUUCAGCCUUGUUAGUGGGCUGGUGGGCAUGGCUAACCUACCCACCACUUCUACACCUUCUUCAUCACCAUCCUCCUCAUCUUCACAGACCCCGCCCCUGAGCUGUUCUGUCCAGGCCAGUGACAACAGCCCGAUCUAUUCAGCAGCACCAACAUUUCCCAAUUCUAGCUCUGAGAUUUUCCCUGAGCAGCAAACCCAGUCCUUCCCAAACGCUCCCAGUACCUCUCUCCAGUACCCUCCCCCGGCUUAUCCGGCUGCUAAAACCAACUUCCAGGUGCCAAUGAUCCCAGACUACUUAUUUCCCCAGCAACAGGGGGAAUCUCUCAGCCUCGUCCCAGCUGAUCAGAAACCAUUUCCAACGCUAGAAACCAGACCCCAGCAGCCCUCUCUCACACCUCUCUCCACUAUCAAAGCUUUUGCUACCCAGACUGGCUCCCAAGAUCCGAAGACGCUAAACACUACGUAUCAGUCCCAGCUAAUCAAGCCAAGCAGGAUGAGAAAAUACCCAAACCGACCUAGCAAGACCCCUCCUCACGAGAGACCCUACGCGUGCCCAGUGGAGUCCUGUGACAGGAGGUUUUCCAGAUCUGAUGAGCUGACCCGGCACAUUCGGAUUCACACAGGACAAAAACCUUUUCAGUGCCGUAUUUGUAUGAGGAAUUUCAGCAGAAGCGAUCACUUGACCACUCAUAUCCGAACCCACACCGGGGAGAAGCCAUUUGCCUGUGAUAUUUGUGGUAGAAAGUUUGCCAGAAGCGAUGAGAGGAAGAGACACACUAAAAUUCACCUGAGACAGAAGGAUAAGAAAGCAGAAAAGUCAACUCCAGCCUCUACUGCUUCUCAGAUUUCCACCUACUCCUCCCCCGCAAUGACUACUUCCUACCCAUCUCCAGCCGCCACCACUUACCCUUCUUCAGUGCCUACAUCCUAUUCCUCCCCAGUGUCUUCUUCCUAUCCAUCUCCAGCACACACCACUUUCCCUUCUCCCUCAGUAGCAACUACAUAUCCUUCUGUUACUGCUACCUUUCAGGCCCAAGUAUCUACCACUUUCCCCUCUCCAGGGAUUACCAAUUCUUUCAGUUCACAAGGGACUUCAGCACUUUCAGAAAUGUCAUCAACUUUUUCUCCAAGGACAAUUGAAAUUUGUUGAGACUGUAAAGACAGAAAUAUAAAAAUAGUUGAUUGGUACUAUCAGACUGAAUGGAGUCUGUCCGUUACUAAAGAACAUCAUACGUAGCAAGGCCAUCCUAAGUUUUCUUUAAACUUCAACUGCCUGAAACAACUGCCAUUUAAGUUCUCAACUUCUGUCAAAAGACUUAAUUUGCAUGGACAAUGGAUAUAAUUUCAAUAUAAUUUUCCCCCAUAAACAUUUUACUGAGAAAGGAACUUUUAUUAAAUGCAUAGACAAUGUAAAAUGUACAUGUGCCAUGGUAUGGUUUUGCUUUCCUUUGGGUACUAUUGAUGAUGUGAAAAUUCUUUGCGUAUUCAUAUUGUAUUAUUUGGAGUUAGCAGGCCCAUAUUUUGUAAAUGGUAAUUCUAUUUUAGUGACUAUGCUGUAAUGAGUUUUAAACUUAUUUGAGAACAGCACUUACUGUGUAUUCAAGCAUGUAAGAGUGAUGUUAUGUAAAUAUCACCUGAUGAGAUACUCAUAUGGCAAAAGUUUGUUUUUAAAGUUACAUGUCUUGGUGCCUUUUUGUGAAGCCUUGCUGAUGUCAUGCAUAUGUGUGAAUGGAUGCUUUGCAUCUAGCCUUAAGGUGAAAGGGAUUUUAUUAAAAGAAUGUAAGGAAGACCGGGGGGGGGGGGAGGAGAGAUUGAGAAGGAGCUAGAAGACAGAAUGUAAGCAAAAAAACCUCUCAAAGUCUAUUUUUGUUACUGAAAUGUAAAUUUAUAAAUAUAUAUUCAGGAGUUGGAAUGUUGUAGUUUACCUACUAAGUAGGCAGCAAUUUUCUAUGUUAUGAACAUGCAGUUCAUUAUUUUGUGGUUUCUUUUUACUUUGUAAUUGUAUUUGUUUAAACAAAAAGUGACUGUUUAGCUUAUAAACACAUUGAAUGCGCUUUACCGCCAAUGGGAUACUUGGUGUACUUCGGAAAAAGUUAAUAAAAUAUCAAAACAGUG